GCAUGGUGCCAAUGACCCCUCCCCGUUUGGGCUAAUAGGAUGUGGCAGAGAGAUGCUACUGGCGGCGAGAGGUGGCCAGCUAGAAUCAGCAACAGCAGCAGCAAAUAUCCAUAGUACAAUCAAGAAAGGAAAGAUAGUAGGAUUGAAGGGUGCCGCGCGUCUCCUGAGAAGUGGAUUGGCGCACCAUACAUGCUGCAUGCGCUGCCCCUCUGCCGGCAUCCCCAAAAAUAAAUGGCAAUGCACGAUUGCGAGCAGCAACAUCAGCGCACAGAAAGGGCGUGGAUAACGGGCAGUUGCAGGCCCAUUGGGGGAUGCGAGAGGAACGGCUCAGGUUUCUUGUCUGCGCAGUUGCAGCUGGCAGCAAGUUUCCUGCUGCGGGCAAUCGGGGGAGGAACGGGAAGGAAAGAAAGCCUACCUGGGAUUGUUUCUGCAGCUCCGUCUGAUUGUCUUGCGCCUGAGGCAUUCCGCCAGGAUCCCUGUCUCGCCAUUGACCGGGUGGAUAGGCGGUGCACGGCGGGUAUCAGUGAGCGCAACACGGUUAGCGAGUUUCCGGAUGAAAAGGAUGAAUUUAUGCAGAAAGGGCAGGGUGGCUGGGUGGAAAGAGAGCGCCGUGGACGAGUAAAUGGCGUUUUCGGGGGUAAUGUAAAAUAUAUAUUGCGCUCAUUUACUGCCAUUGACUCUAGUCUGCUGGGGCUCUGGGCCGAUCAUUUCCGAGCCCAUGGCUUAUGGCGACCACGCUGGCUAUUCCCAGAAAUCACCCAGGAUCGCCGCACGCACAUAGUCCCCUGCCCCACCCAGGGCGUGUGUUGUUGAGGAAGGGAAAAUGCACAUCGCCUUUUUAACCCGCACCCCCAACUCCGAUUGCAUACAGGCCCGCCGGGCGACUAUUGGCUGGACACGUAGAGGAUACCGUGUUUGUUGUUGCUUGAAUGUCAAAAUAAUGAAUCUGCCGUGGUUGUUGCACCGAAGGUG